GAUCGACAAUUAAUUUUUGGUACAAGUGUGACGUAUCUUGAUUGGCGUCAAAACAACUGAUAAAAAACUGAAACUGUGCCCUACCCUACAUUGAUCAGUUUUUUGGAAUUCAUAUAUUAAAAGAAGAUGUAAGGAUCUCACAAAUGUAAUACAUACACAAGUACAACGAUGGACAGUCUACAAAUGAGUAACGUUUAUUUUGUUGCAAUAGUGUUUGUUGGAGUCUUAUCACUAUCUGUAGCAUCUACACUGUCACCAACACGCAGCAAGAACUUACAAGAAACACCAACCGCUACAGAGGAGUCUGGUAAUGAACUUGACGCGUUCAUGAAAAACCUGUUAAAGGACUUGAACUUGUCUACAGAUAAACCAGAAUAUGACUACGGGAAAAUUCCAGAAAUGCCGGAAUGGUGGACCAAAUCACCAUUGUGGAACACAGAAGCAAGUUAUCCAGGCCACUUCGAUGACCAGUUCCCCAAAGUGGACCUCAACAAAGAGAAGUUCACCAUCAAGCCGAUUUAUUUUGACAACCAGGAUUUCAACAACGACAACAUCUGGGAUGGUGAUAAUAAGAUGAGCAGUUAUAGUUGGAUUACGCUGACUAUCGUUCUCGUGGUCUUCUUUAAGGUGACUGUAAUCGGCAUCAUGAUUGCACGAAGAAUGCGUCGCACACAACACCGUGUCGUCAUUCGAUCCUCUCGAUCAUCAGCCAUGACUCUUCCCAGUGAGUUUACAAGUGACCAAGCCCACCUGGUGACCCCAGCAAAUAUCAUUUAUGUGGACACAGAGGGAGCCCUUCCCCCUCAGAUACCCCAGAUUUACACACCACCCCCAUACACUGAAUCCUUGCUCCCAAAUGAUAGCACAACUACAUACAACAACCACGAGCAGCCACCACCAUAUUCAGGCUAGAUAGGGGUGGUAAGUUUUUUUAUAUAUAUAGAAAGAAAGAAAAGAAGUGAGCUUUAAUAUCUGUGGUUGGUAGUCUUUAUUUUUCCUCUUAGAAACCACAAACUUAUAUUAAUCUGGAUUGCUUAUUUGGUGAGUGUUUAAUGUAAUAUUGAGUUUAGUUUCAGUGGGAAUUAAACGUUGUGUAGAGGCUAAUAUUAUAUGGAUAGAAAUAAGACUUAAGUAAAUAAACAGAUACAUUAAUAGUCGCAUCAGAAAGUUUCAGAUGAAUGCAGUGUUGGGAUAGUGGGUGGAUUCUGCUCUACCAGCCAGGUUGAUACCUGUGUCGGCCCCCAGGAGUAGGUUGCAAGUUGCCCCUGGGGGUAAUUGAUUUGAGUCGAUAGCCCAAAAUGAUCAGUUUAAGCGUAGUAGGAAGUGGCAGUCCCGCCUUGUUAUAUUUGGCGAUUUCUCAUUUAAACUUUUUUUUAAGAGUGCCUGCCUGCUGAGAAAAUGGGAAAUCACGUCACAAUAUUUUCAAACAAACUAAAAUCCAAUUAAAGGAACUAGCCCAUCGCAAAGUGUCAUUGCACUUAAAAUGAAUCAGUAUAGUUGGCACAGACACUGCACAAAAUUGAAAAAAUAAAGAUGUUGCAUCUGUCUUGAAGAUAGUUUAACUGAAGCUUCUGUUGUUGUUUUUGAAGAUAUUAAUGUAGUUCCACUGAAAUUCCAUGAAAUCACUUCUUUGUAUAUAAGGGAUUUUUGUAUUGUUAUUUUUGCUUGCUUGUUCUAUUUAUUCUAUUCUGUGUAAUUAUAUACAAGUGUAUAUGUUGCUUUUGUUAACUUAAAUAGGUUAAUGGAAAUGUAGCGUUUAUGUUAAAGGCUUGUCAGUUUCUGAAGUGUAUUUGUUUAACUUGGUAGUGAAGGGAAAGGGACACUUGUAUUAUUGCUAGGUGUAUGUCAUUGCUAUGCAAGAUAGUUUAUUGACCUUAUGCUCAUGAUGUCAUUUGAGUAGGGCGCCCUCACCUAGAGGUCAAAGGUUAGAUAUUCAUUGGUCAGUCCUGCCAGCAUUGUGACUGCAUGCACACUAGCCACCGAUGCUCGGGUCAUGUCUGACACAGCGACUUCGGCUACAGCUACGGCUAGAUCAGCGCGUCUGCCAGUGUUGGAGAAUAUGUUGAAGAUCUAGCCAGAGCUGUUAGCCGAAGUCAUCGUUUUGGACACGGCUUCAGGAUCAAGUAGACGUAGCUUUGUACACAGAAGGUAUAUAGAGGGUAAGAUGUUACAGUUCAGUAUUUCUUCAA